ACUUUUAAUAGAUGAGCCAUAGUGGAAGGUCAUCUAGCUCGAGCACGUUUUAUAAAAAAAACGUUUCGUAUAUUUCUUAAGACUGUCACUCCUCAGUGAACAGGCUAUAUUAAAAGCUCUGGAGAACUGCAAUUUUUAAGACAAAGCAGACAAACGUAUUUUGCUUGCAUUCUCCACUAUUAUUCGAUUGUCGAAUUCCUUUAAAAAAAGAUCAUGUCUGGUGACUUUCAUUCCGAAAAUUGGAAAAGACAAAAUUCCAGAACUGAAGGAGCUUCAGGAGAUGGACCUCGAUCACUCGAAGCUGGUGGUCAACUGAUGUCUCCAAAGUCACCGUUGAAGGUUUUCGGUGAAGCCAAAAAGAAAAUAAAUGAUAUAUUUACAGAUAUAGAGAAAUACAUAACCGAUGCUAAGUCAUUCGUGUCUAGCAUUGUUAAUUUGGAGUAUGAAUUAACAUCUACUGAUGAUGAAGAGUUUAUUGAUGAAUUGUGUAAUAGAGUUUGUGGUAUCCAAGAAAUGUUAAACAGAGAUAGAAUGAAAGUUGCUUUUUUUGGAAGAACGUCUAAUGGUAAGAGUACCGUUAUAAAUGCCAUGUUAAAAAGGAGAAUAUUGCCCACUGGUAUGGGGCAUACAACUAACUGUUUCCUACAAGUAGAAGGAGGAACUUCAGACGAAGGAACCAUGUAUGAACCAAUACCCGAUUCAAACGAGGAACAAGUACGCAGUAUUGAAUCUAUUAAUCAAUUAGCAAGUGCUCUUAGUGAAGUGAAACUCAACGAAUCAUCUCUACUAAGAAUUGUAUGGCCACAGGACAAAUGUAAUUUAUUAAGAGACGAUGUUGUUUUGGUUGAUUCGCCUGGAAUAGAUGUUUCACCUGAUCUCGACAAAUGGAUCACAAAACAUUGCCUGGAUGCUGACGUUUUUGUCCUCGUUGCAAAUGCUGAAUCAACACUUAUGCAAACUGAAAAAAAUUUCUUUCACAAAGUAUCAAAUAUGUUAUCAAAACCCAACAUAUUCAUUCUCCAGAAUAGGUGGGAUGCUUCUGCACGUGGAACGCCAAGUGAAGAGACUAUUAAACUUGUCAAACAACAACAUCUUGAUAGAGCUAAAGCUUUUCUAGUAAAUGAGCUAGGAGUUGUAAGCAAAGCCGAAGCAGAAAAGAGAAUAUUUUUCGUGUCUGCUGAGGAAGCUCUUAUUGCUCGUGUCCACCAGGAAGCUGGAACGCCCACUCCAACUAGUGCACUAUCUGAAGGACACCAAGGGCGUUUAUUCGAAUUUGCCACUUUUGAAAGACGUUUUGAGGAGUGUAUAUCACAGUCAGCUGUUCAAACAAAAUUUGCUCAACAUGCAGUUAAUGGUAAAGAUAUGGUUGUUAAAUUGCAUAAACUUAUUGGAAUAGUUAGAGAAUCAGCCGUUAGUUGUUAUGAAUCAAAACAACAACAAAGAAUCGACGCAGCAAGCCAAUUGGAUUACGUUGAGAAGCAAUUAGAAUUGUUGACAUCUGAUGUUAGAGCAAAAAUUGAUGAAGUUGUUCUUGAUAUAGAAAAAAAAGUAGCCUCAGCGUUUACAGACGAGAUUAGACGUCUAUCUACUCUUGUGGAUCAAUUCAAUAGGCCAUUUCAUCCUGACAACGAAAUUCUCUUAGUUUACAAACAGGAAUUGCAUAAGCACGUUGAAGAUGGCUUGGGACAGAAUUUAGCUAAGAAAUUAUCAGAAGAGAUUAUUAGAAAUUUAACCCACCUGCAAUCGGAGAUUACUGAACGUUUAACUGCCUUGCUAUCUGAGGAACGUCGAGAAACUGCUAAAAAGUUCACGCCUAAUUCGAAAGAUUUUGGUAUAUUGUAUAGAUUGGACUGUCGUAAUUUAUGCAGGGAUUUCCAGGAAGAUAUUGAAUUCCGUUUUUCUCUUGGUCUAACCUCACUUUUCAAUCGAUAUCUAAAUAAGAAAUUCCAAAGAGCACCUCUAUUGCCACCCACUACUCCAUUGACGCCAAGUAAUGAAAAAAGAUUAGAAAUGAAUGAAGGAAUAGCAAUUGUUCAAGCUUUAACGCACUUUACAACAUUGUACUCUUCGACAACAAUUGGAGUACUUGCUGCUGCCGGCUUUACGGCUAAAGCUCUAGGAUGGAGAGUAAUGGCUGUCGCUGCUAGUGUGUACGGCGGAAUAUAUAUGUACGAGCGCUUGACAUGGACUAGAAAAGCUCGUGAAAAGGCAUUUAAACGACAAUACGUAGACUAUGCUAGCAAUAAACUAAGACUUAUAGUAGACUUGACUAGCUCCAACUGCAGUCAUCAAGUGGCUACUGAAUUGAAUGGGACAUAUUCCAGAUUAGCUAGUCAUGUAACUGCAGCACAACAAGAUAUGAGACAUCAACUAGUUGCCUUCGAUGAACAAGUUAAAGAGUUGGAAAUUAUUGGAGGUCAAGCUAAAAAGCUAAAGCACGAAGCCGAGUUUCUGGACACGUCUCUGACAAAGUUUAUGAAGCAUUACUUGGGCAAAGAUUAUCUUGAUAGUCAACUGUAA